AUGGCAGGUCAUGCCGGUGUAAGCACCAUUGUUGACAUCAAUGUGGACACCGACGUCCUGCCGCCCAACAGCAUUGGAGCUGUUCCCGUGCCCGCCUUUGCCGCCAGACAAAGUCGAGGAGCAGCGUCAGCUUGGCUCACGGUGCAACUUGCGGAUGGCUGCAACAGCGCUCCUUGCCAGGUGGGAUCACACCUCAGCACGCGGCUGAUCAUGUGCGGCCCACUCUCCCUGGUGGCAGAGCCGCAAGCAAGAGCAGGAUCGCUGGCGAGCACUAUCAGUUUGCAACCAGCACUGGUCUUCGUGAAUGCCUUGCCGAUAGGAGAGUUGACCUUGCGCUGCACCCCGGCCUCUUCAGAGGACUGGCAGGAGAUCGUCAUGCCAAAACUCUCCAGGCGCAACAUCCACGUGGUUGACAGCUUGGUGGAGGAGAGCGGCUUUCGCCUUCGGCUUCGACUGAAUGAUGGACCGUGGGAAGAAGUUUACAUCCAGGCCUCUGCGUUUGGCCACGAGGCCUUCACCAGCACUCUGGACCUUGCGCUGCACGAUGGGGCUCCUUGUGCGGCGGUGGUGGAGGUGUGGGGCCACGAGGUUCGGGUCUUUGCGCCUUUUUGGUUCAUCGACCGCUCCGGGCUGUGUGGCUCUUUGGAUUUGGACGUGCUCACUGGCGACAAGCGGCUGCCGCGUGAGGGUGGUGUGUCGCUCCUGCCUGGAAACGGCCUUCAAGAGCAUUGCGAGCUUCUUCUUUGCAGUGGCGAUCGUCCCCUUGCUCUGUUGGGCCUACCAUGUCCUACCAGCUGGGCAAGCUUCUUCUGGGACACCCCAUGCGGGCACUUCGCCUUGUGCCUGCAGGCCACGGAAGUUCUGAACGAGGCCUUUGGCACUCAAAGCCAGGUUUUCACCUUGCGCCCCCGGCUGGUGUUGACCAACGCCUCCGAUCGCGACUUGGAGCUGUGCCUGGAGGGGAGGCUGCUGCGCCUCGCCAGCGGCCAGUCUCAAGAGGCACAUUGGAUCAGCGACGCUGACACGCCGGCGCACCUGCGAUUCCGCCCAUUGCCGUUGGAGGGCUCCCACGACGGACCCUGGUCUGGGCUCGUGCUAUGUAGCGAUGCCUUUGCUGGAGCGUCAGCCUUUGCCAUCCCUCUGGCAGAGGCGCCUGAGGAUGGUUUCAUCCAGUUGCCAACCACGGAAGAGGAAGCCUGGACUGUAGACGUUGCCCCAGACUGUGGCGCCUUGUCCGUGAGCUUCCGGCAAGGUUCCAACUUCGUCGCGUGCAACCGCGCCUUCCGAAGCAAGGCCAACUUGUUUGUGCAUCCCGUCGGCAGCUUGCAUGGAAUAGCCGUGCCUUUGGGUGACGAAGUCCAGUACGGCUGGAGAGAGGCGAUGCAGCAGGAAGAGAAGACUGCAGUGCCGACUGCAGUUGACGUACUGGUCAAUGGUCGAAGGCACAAGAUCCGCGACGUGCGCCGGGCGCUGCGUUUAGCUUUGGGCACUGGCCUGGUCAUUUGCAUUUGCCGGACCGGGAAGCAGACCGUCCUGUCCUUGGUGGAUGAAGGUUUGGACCCGACGAAGGCCACUGCCACCACGUGGUCCCAACGCGUGGAGGUGAAGCUCAGUCGCAUUGGCAUCUCGCUGAUCCGGACGGGGCCAACGCCUGCAGAGUUGCUCUACUGGCAGCUGGAGUUGAUCCGGGCGGAGUGGCGGCAAGGUUCCGGCGAGCCGCAAGAAAUGCGGCUUUCCAUCGCUGGCAUGCAGGUGGACUGCCAACUGAGCGGGCGUGCAGAUCGGGUGGAUCGGAGUCAGGGAAGCGUACUGUCGAGGAGCAGUCCACCUGCCGUGAUUUUUGCCAGCCACGGUGAUGGAGGCCGUGCUUUUUUCAGCCUGUUCCUCCAGCGGGCAGCUACCUCCACAGACGAUCUUGUCAUUCCGCACGCAGAGCUGGCGCUUGAUGCGGCCGACGUGACCGUGGAUGAUGGGUGGCUGGACCCUCUUGCCGCCUUCCUGUCACAAGCCUGUGUGUCAGGGCUCGGUCUCAGCACCGGUUCUGCAGCGGAAGUGUUGCGCUUGGCAGGCAAGCCAGUGGUGGAGGAGUAUGUGGCCCCUGCUUGCCCUCGGGUGGUACAAGUGGAUGCCCUGCACAUCUCGCCCAUCCGUUUGACCGUUUGGUGUUCCAUGCGGCUGAGGAACGUGGUGUUUUUGCCUAGCUAUGUUCGUACGGCCAUACGGCUGAUAAGCCUUAGCGGCCGCUUCACCCUCGACGGAGCGACGCUUUCCUUGCCAAAGCGAUCCCUGCAUCCCUACCGCGGCUCCCUGGGAGACUUCCUCCGAAGCCUCGCAGCAGAGUAUGCCGUGAAUUUGCUGCGGAAUAUCGGCAGCGUGCUGGGACGGAGCUCAUUCUUUAAAGUGCCGCGGGUUCCAUUGAAGCUGAGUGGAACUGCCGUGUCUUACGUCACAGAUGGCAUCGGCCUGGCUGCAGGCGAGGCAGCUGCGCUGCUCAACGAGCUCACCUUCGACCAGGAGUUUGUGGAACGCCAACGGCACCAGCAAGGUGCAAAGCAGAUCCGCGGGCUGGGAGAUGGCGUGGUGGAGGCCAGCAAGUCCAUCGCACAGGGGGUGGAGGGCCUUUUGGACGUGGUCAAGAAGCCUGUUCAAGGCGCCAGAAGCAGCGGUCUUGGCGGAUUCCUGGCAGGUGUCGGUAUGGGCGUGGCAGGCAGCUUUGUGAAGCCAGUGUCGCGGCUGGGCCAGGCCAUCUCCGAUGUAGGUUCAGGACUUGCUGCAGAAGUUACCCCGGACUCCGCCCCAGCUAUGCGACGCCGUGCUCGAACGAGGCAGCGUCAUCCGCGUCUUCUGUUUGGCCCUGUGCCCUGCGUAGCUGACCUGGGCGAAUCAGGCCAAGCUCCUCAGCUUCGGCCCUGGUCGCUCCUGGAGGCAGAGGUGCAGCAGCUUGGAACUGACCGCCAGCUCAUAUGCUUGAAACAUGCAACGGGCCCGUCGGCUUCAAUGCAAGGCCUUCAAGGUGUGCAGGAGGUGGUGCCGCUGACGCAGCAAACCAGCCAGGUGACCGUUUUGCUGCUCUUCACGCAGCACUGCUUAGUGGCUGAGAUCAUUUUGGAGGCAAUGGGCAAUGAGCAGGCACUUCAGUUGAUGUCUCCGGCUCGUUCGUCAACUGCUGCACCCAGCGUUCCGCGGCAGAGGAGCGUUCGCCGCUGCAACUUCUCGGACAUCACAUCGGUGGAAGUGGACGAAAGCGGUGAUCUGGUGGAGUUGCUGGAGGCAGAUGGCAGCAGGCUUGUUCUGCCGCUGUUCUCGGCUCCCCUGGACAAGGCCUGCCGUGCGGCAUUGGUUUCCACCUUCCGCUCGGCGCUUCUCAGCCCAGACAGGAGUGUCUCCUGGAGCAACCUGUCUCGGCAGAUGGCACAUGGGCGGAGGCAGUCCAAAGUCACGCAUGUCGGGGUCACAACAGGGCCUGGCCAGAGAGUUCUUGAGGUCUUUGAAGUUGAACGUCGCAUGCCUGGAACUUCCGACUGGCAGACGCCUUUCCUUCCCACGGAGGACGACUUGGCUUGGAGGUGGGUGGAUCUUCGAGGGCGGAGGCACCCACACCUGUCCUUGGGCUCGGCUCCCAAGCCACCUCCAGCAGGCUGCCGCCCUGCAGGUUGGGCAGCCUUUUCUCUGCGACCUCGGAGUGGAGAUUGCUGGCCGGUGCGGGAACGGACCGGGAUGGCUGGUCCUACGGAAUUGCGUGGAUGUCCUCCACAUGGGAGUCUACUCCAGGACCGUUGGAUACAUUGAGGCGGCGCCGAUGGACAAGGACAUUCACAUGAUCGAGAGGCAGACCAGACUUGGUUAAGCUGAUUGGGGUUCCUGGCCGUCAACGCGGCAAUGAGAAGCGUGCGGGCUGACUUGGCACACCUCAACAGCUCGACCCUCGAGUGACCUUUGAUUUCUAGCGGGACGAAGCUCACCAGCCACGUGCUGCUUUGCAAGAAGCGUCGGUGGUCAGGCUGCUGGCGCCGUGAGGUUCGUUCGAGAGUCUGCAUCGAGAUGCUUGCGGGCGCACGCUGCUUUCUAUGGCCUCGUCCAGCAAGAAGGCCGUCAUGCACUACUUUGCAGCAGCUUUGCAUCGCUGCAGCCUUUGCUGCGCCCUUGAUGCAACAGUCAAGGCUGCCCCGAUGCUGAGGAGGCAUCAAAGGGAUACUGUACAUAUUCGAACAUGUUCGAAUUAUAUGAGCUUUCAUUGAAGCAAAUGAGUGGCA